AUGCGUUCCCAGCUGAUUCAGGUCUUGAAACAAACCGUGAAGACGUCACAGAAAUUCAACGAUUACAAUUUCCGAAGCUACUUCGUGAGAAAAUACUCGGCUGAGCUUGCUGCGGUAGAGAGUAACGAGGGGAUGACGGUUAGCCAGGAACUUUUGGAGCAGGCGCAGAGAGACCUAGCCCUGAUUGAGCGACAAACCGUCGUCCAGGGACUUUACAAUAUUGAACCGACAGUUGUUGAAGUCCAAAAAUAA